CGUCCGUGUCAGUUUCAAAUCUGCCGCUUAGAGAGUCGCGUGUCUCGUGCCUACUACCACUAACUGUGUUGUUUUUUUUAUCACACACCCCCGCUAUACCAAUAAUAAUAUCAUCAUGAAGUACUUGGCGAUUUUGGCCGUGUGCCUGGUGGUAAGCUGCUGGGCAGCGCCCGAGGGCGACAAGGAGGUGGCCGUGCAGCAGCCGCUCCAGCUCGCCGAGAUCAUCAGCAACGCCCAGAAGAACAUCAACGAGCUCGCCACCCAGAUCAAGACCCAGCUCAAUCUGCCCGACCAGGAGACGGUCGUCAACACCCUCAAGACCCAGAGCAGCGACUUCGUCAACAAGGUUCAGGGCUACAUCAGCACCGUCUCCGAGGAGGUCAAGAGCAAGACGCCCGAGCUCGAGAAGCUGUGGACGGACGUGCGCGGCAAGCUGAGCAAGGUCGUCGAGGACAUCAACGCCAACGUACCCAACGCCAAGGAGUCGGCCGACCAGCUGCAGAAGCAGUUCCAGGAGGGCGUCGAGACCCUCGUCAAGGAGUCCAACACCAUCGCCGAGGCGUUCAAGGCCAACAGCGGCCAGGUGCGCGAGGACAUCGCCUCGUUCACCAAGAAGGCCGUCGACAUCGCCGUCGAGGCCACGCACAGCCUCAACGAGCAGCUCAAGAGCGCCGCCACAGCCGCCAAAAAAGACUAAAUCUAAUAAUACUAUAUAUAACUCGAUUAUAAACUCAACGAGUUCCAUACGAAAUAGCAUCGAGAUACCAAAACAAUGUGAUAUUAUUCGAAUCUUCUUUUUGUUGUAAAACUCAUAAUUACAUAUGAUAUUUCCCAUCGAGUCCAUUUAUGAUUGUUUGUUUCGUCGGAAUAUUCUGCCUUAUAUUAUUACGAACGUGUAUUAUUAUUCGCAUUUUGUAAUCUUACAUCGAGCUCCCGAGGCGUCGAUCCGACAAUGCGUGCAAUUCGCAGCGCUCGGGCCGAACGAUCCGAGGAGAGGAGAGAAUCUCUGAUAAUAAAAUAUCAAGCAUUGAUACGUUUUUAAAAAAAAAA